AUGGCAGUGUCUCCCACAAAAGCACUGAUGAAUCAGAAGGUAUUUACAUUCUGGGAAGCUCCCAGCUCCCCUAAGCCUCAAAUCCAGUGUGAGGCCUGGGUAGCAAAAGCAGAGCAACAGGCUGGCAGUGAACACCCAGCGCUGUCCACAAAACGAAUCUAUGGAAUCCAGCCUGGAUGCCCAGCAACCAGUGAUCACUUCACCAAGAAAACUUGGAGCAGGGCGCGAGGCCCCAUCAGGCCUGGGACGUACGGGUAUGGCAAGGCACCUUACAUCUUACCACUGCAGACAGACCAGGGCCACGGGCCACAGAGGCUCCGGAGGCAGAGGCCCGAGGCCCUGCCCUCGGGAGCCCAGGAGGCACCCGCGCCCAGGCCUGGCCACAGCCCCGCAGCCCACUGGCUUCCCCAGCACCAGCCACUGGAUCACAGUCAUGGUGGUCCUCAGUCUGCACUGCAGGCCUCCAAAGCCUCCAUCUUCCAGCCACCUUCCACGCAUGACCAGAGCUUCUUGGCAGCUUCCAGUCUCUUCCGAGUCCCGGGUUCUAGCGGCCACCACGGCAUGGGGACUCACGAAGUGUCUCCGAGUUUCCCCCAGUCCCUGCCGCCUACUGCCAUCUCCUGCAUCGGGGCCCAUCGUCAGUACAAGCUGUGCAACACCAACGAAUGUCCCGCGAACAGCCGGAGCAUCCGGGAGGUGCAGUGCGCAUCCUACAACAACAAGCCAUUCAUGGGCAGGUUUUACGAGUGGGAGCCAUUUGCAGAAGGAAAAGACAGCCGCAAGUGUGAGCUCAACUGCCAGGCGGCGGGCUACCGCUUCUACGUCCGGCAGGCGGAGAAGGUGAUCGACGGCACCCCGUGUGGCCAGGACGGCGUGGACAUCUGUGUGUCGGGACAGUGCAAGAGCGUCGGCUGUGAUGACUACCUGGGCUCUCACAAAGUCAUGGACAAGUGCGGUGUCUGCGGGGGUGACAAUACAGGCUGCCAGGUGGUCUCCGGUGUAUUUAACCACGCCCUCACCAGCCUGGGCUACCACCGCGUGGUGGAGAUUCCCCAGGGAGCCACAAAAAUCAAUGUCACGGAGAUGCACAAGAGUAACAACUACCUGGCACUGCGGAGUCGCUCUGGCCGCUCCAUCAUCAAUGGGAACUGGGCAAUUGACCGGCCCGGGCGCUAUGAGGGUGGAGGGACCAUGUUCACCUACAAGAGGCCAAACGAGAUCUCCAGCACAGCGGGGGAGUCCUUUCUGGCUGAAGGUCCCACCAAUGAGAUCCUGGAUGUAUAUAUGAUACACCAGCAGCCCAACCCGGGCGUGCGCUACGAGUACGUGAUCAUGGGCACCAACGCCCUCAGCCCCCGGGCCCCGCCUCCCAGGAGACCAGGGGAGUCUUUCCCUGGCCAGCCGGAGAUAGAGGGGAGGAGCCAGAAGGAUGGAGAAGAGGAAGAGGAGGAGGAAGAGAAAGAGGUCUUGGGGGGGGCCACACCGGACGUGUUCUCCCCCGAGUCGGCGCAGCCCUUCCCCGCCAGGCAUCCGGACAGCGUGGCCAGGCGGAACCGGAAUUACAACUGGAAGCAGCUGGGGACCACGGAGUGCUCGGCCACCUGCGGGAAAGGCUCACAGUACCCUGUGUUCCGCUGUGUGCACAGAAACACCCACGAAGAGGUUCCUGAGAGCUACUGCGACUCGAGCAUGAAGCCGACCCCCGGGGAGGAGCCCUGCAGCCUCUCCCCCUGCCCUGCUUUCUGGGACAUCGGCGAGUGGUCGGAGUGCAGCAAGACCUGCGGCCUGGGCCUGCAGCACCGCCAGGUGCUGUGCCGCCAGGUGUAUGCCAACCGCAGCCUCACGGUGCAGCCCUACCGCUGCCAGCACCUGGAGAAGCCGGAGACCACCAGCACCUGCCAGCUCAAGAUCUGCAGCGAGUGGCAGAUCCGGACCGACUGGAGCUCGUGCUCCGUGCCCUGCGGGGUGGGGCAGAGGACGCGCGUGGUGAGGUGUGUGAGCAACCUCGGGGACGUGGUGGAUGAUGAGGAGUGCAACAUGAAGGUGCGGCCGGGCGACAUCGAGAACUGCGACGCGGGCCCCUGCGCCAGGAGCUGGUUCCUCACCGAGUGGAGCGAGAGGUGCUCAGCCGAGUGCGGGGCUGGAGUUCGCACUCGCUCCGUCCUGUGCAUGACCAGCCACGUGAGCAGCCUGCCUCUGGAGGGCUGUGGAAACAACCGGCCAGCAGAGGCUACGCCAUGUGACCACGGGCCCUGCACGGGCAAGGUGGAGUGGUUCUCGGGGAGCUGGAGUCAGUGCUCCGUGGAGUGCGGCAGCGGGGUUCAGCAGAGGGAGGUGAUCUGCGUGCGGAAGGACGAGAAUGCCUUCGUGGUGCUGGAUCCCCAAGAGUGCUCCUCCCUGGAGCGGCCCCCCAGACAGCAGCCCUGCCGCCGCCAGCCCUGCGGGGCCACCUGGUUCAGCACCGAGUGGAGCGCGUGCUCCAAGACCUGCCAGGGUGGCUUCCGGGUCCGGGAAGUGCGCUGUCUGUCAGAUGACAUGACCCUCAGUGACCUCUGCGACCCCCACCUGAAGCCAGAAGAGCGAGAGUCCUGUAACCCUCAGGACUGCCUCCCGGAAGUGGAUGCAAGCUGCCAGGACAAGUACUUCAACUGCAACGUGGUGGUACAGGCACGGCUGUGCAUCUACCAGUACUACCAGGGCGCCUGCUGCGCUUCCUGUACCCGUGUGGCACGCCGGGCCGGCUCCCCGGGGCGCAGGAAACGCAGCCCGGAGGGCAGGGCCGCACCACUACCCUCAGAGAGCCACGGGCCUGGCACCGACAAAGCCACCACCACCCCUGCCUUCUGAAGCUCCCCGCGUGGUCCAGGUGCUGUGUGCACAGUACUCUUAAUGGCUCCCUAGAGCCUGGGCCUAGGUGCCCAGCCAUCGCCAACACAGCCCCCUCCCCAUCCUGCUACGCAAGCACUGCCUGGUCCCCAGGCCCACCGGCCUGAUCAAAAGCACCCACUGGGUUACGACGAGGGCAGCGCCCCCUGCCCUGGGCCCCUUUUUGCGGUGCUGGGGCCUGAGCCGGCCACGUGUGCACCAUGCCCCGCCACAGGGGGCAGCAGUCACAGAGAGCCAGGCUUUGUGGCACCGGGGGCCACGGACACCACCCCAGCUCAAGAUGGGAAGACUGAGCAUUACCCCACUCCACGGACAGGGCCACGGAGACGCUGCUCAGGGGCAGAGCCAAGGGCCCACCAACAUGGUCCAUGCACAACCUCGCCCACCAACCGGCCACGACAGAAUGAAGGCGGCUGCUUUGCUGACCCAGAGGUGGAUGGAGAAGAUGGCCGGCCCUGAACCAAGUCCAACACCAGCACUGGUGUUUUAGGUGUCUUUAGAUGUCCCUUUUCCCUUCUGUGACAGAGUCCCGGGGCCUUUCUGAUGGCUCUGCAGAUCUUACCAAAGUCCGUCCUCAAGCCAAUGGUCCCAGGAGACAGGAGAGCCACAGGGGUCCCUCCUGUCCAGGGACAGGAUCCCCACUUCCCUGCUAUUCCCCCCCACGCCUUACCCUCUUCUUCUAACACAGCUGUGGUUCCCCAAGUUCAUUCCUGUUGGUGUUCACCAAUCCUGGCUGUUUUCCUAGAUUCUCAUUCCAGCUCCUGGCUGCCAGUCUUCUAGCACAGCUUACCCUGCAGGGCCUGCGAGCAGCGGAGGGGAGCCCAGAAAACCGCUGUACCCCCACAUACAGCACCCGUGUCUUCCUGUCUCUCCCAGGGUCUGGGCCUCCUCCUCCUCCUCCGGCUUCACCACCUGCCCUUCAUGGGUUGAAAGGUGGAAUUUAAAUUUAUAUCUUGAUACUGUUUUAUAUUCCUGAAGCCGGCACUGCCUCAAUCUCUAUUCUGAAUUUCACAACCAGGUAAGGGAAAGCGAUGGUGUUUUGUUUUUUCCUCCUA